AUGUAUUCAGAGACAUGGGUGAUAGUAGGUGCCUCCAGAGGCAUCGGCCUGGAAUUCACGAAGCAGCUCCUGGAAGGCGGACAGAAAGUUAUAGCAGGAGUGCGGAAUCCAUCGGCGGCGAAAGAACUUCUGGAGCUGUGUCGUUCGAGUCCAGAUCGCUGCGUGGUUGAGCAGUGCGAUGUCACAAGCGAAGAAAGCAUUAACGCAACACUUUGCCCGCAGGGUUCAGGCAGCCAGCAAAAAUGGGAUGAGUCCGAAAAACAUUGUUCUAAAUGCUGGCGUGCUCAAAUAUCCCAACCGAGCAACGGAAAUAUCUUAUGCGGAUUUUGCUCUUCACUUGCACACCAAUACAAUUGGACCCACCUCGAAAGUCCACCCACCAAGGUUGUGUUCAUUUCGUCCGAUUCUGGGUCUGCUACUCUUUUUCGAAGCUAUGAAGAUGGAUUUGCAGCAUAUGCGGCAAGCAAAGCGGCCCUCAAUCAGAUGAUCAGACAUAUGGCAGCCGAGCUGGCGCGAUGUGAGGGAAAGCGGAACAAGAUAUGCAUUCUAGCUAUGCACCCUGGUGAAGUCCAGACUGAUAUGGCCAAUAUCGAAGUUGAUUGGGAGGUAGAAGGAAUGAUUCAGGCCGACGAAAGCGUGAAGGACAUGCUCAAAGUCAUUGGGGAGAAAAACGAGAAUGACAGUGGCACAUUCUGGUGCUGGAAUGGCAAAGUAAGUGAUUUACUACAGAUUCUUGAUUAG